AUGUCAUGCCAGGAUAACAUGGCUGCCGGUCAUUUCCUGGUGGAUUCUUUGAUGGGAGGAUCAUCAUCUUCCUAUAGAGGCGAGGGCUACUCCAGCAGCAACCCAGGAAUGUACAUCCACACGGCUGCAUCUGAGUAUGGAUGCUCAAUGAUGAGACAUUUUGGAGUAGUUGGAUCGCCCCUCUCCAAAAAAGACGAGGUUCCUCCGAGUAGCCACCCUCUCCGCUCCUACCAAGAUGCGCUUUACCUGUCAUCCCAACUGGGCACUUGGACCUCAGCUUCUAAAACUAACAGUGACGAGCAACCUGUUGCCCAGUCCAGUUUCCAACCGUGUUCGUUUCCAACUGACAACGUCAAAGAGGAGGCGUUCUGUUGUCUGUAUCAGGGUGACAGUAGCAGCAGGGCUAAUACGGACACUACAGAGUCGGCUACUUACAUUCGGCUUGGGAACAAUAGCAGCAGUCAGACGGACCAAACCGCUGUCUCGGAGGCGUCCGAAUGUUAUGGAGGAGUAAGAGGGGUAUACCCCGGAGAGAGCAGGGGACAGCGAGGGGAGCAGUUCGGGACAGGCUUUGCUUCUUUGGAUCCGGUGACGACAUCUGUUGAAUCACCAAGAGAAUCUACCCAGGAGAAAGUUAGCGAGGAAAUGGGCAUCGAAGAGGAUGAACAGCGAAAGCGCAAGAAAGAAGAGAGUGCAAAGACUGACAGUUGUUCUGAACACUCUGACGAAUUGAAAGGUAAUCCAAAAAGCCGCCGCCCCCCCCCCCCCCACUCUCUCUCUCUCUCUCUCUCUCUCUCUCUCUCUCUCUCUCUCUCUCUCUCUCUCUCUCUCUCUCUCUCUCUCUCUCUCUCUCUCUCUCUCUACCUCCCUCUCUCUUCAACACACACACACACACACAUACACACAGACAGUGCAAUGUACUUAAAAUCCUACAAUAAAGCCUGCGGCAAAGAGCAUACAAAAAUCUCAUCUGCAUGCAUCAGCUAAGCAUGUCAUUCAGUGUGUGCGUUUUUAUAUUGUUAGUUUGCUACUGUAUAUCUACGCUAUGUUAUAUAUCGGAGACAUUCUGAACAGGUAUUUAACGGUCUGGCCUAGCAGGGGUUACUGUGGCGACGGCAUUUAUCACCUUUCUAUUUAUGUGCGAACGUGAGAUGGGCAGUUAUCAUUGGAAUAAACAAGCUCACACACGCAUAACGCGCGUGCACCGUAAAACAGAUAGACCAGACAGACAGACAAACAGACAGACACACACACACACACACACACACACACACACACACACACACACACACACACACACACAAACACACACACGCCUCAAUUUCCAUAAUGACUGUGUUCGGUAAAACAGUGUAGGCCUACGAUAUACUUUUUAGACGGAAAUAACAUCCAUAAAGAUGGAUAGUUAAUACUACACUCCUUACUUGAGUUCUUUGAUUGAGAAAAAAGCUUAAACGGCAUUUUAAUUAUUAUGGUGGAUAGAUAACCUAUACAAGGAAAUAAAAAUGGUGAAUAUAUAUAUUAUUAACGAAUGUUCAAUGUAUUAUUAUUAUUAUUAUUAUUAUUAUUAUUAUUAUUAUUAUUAUUAUUAUUAUUAUUAUUAUUAUUAUACAACUAAGAUUCAACCAAACAACUAUUAAGAUACAACCAGCAUUAUAGUCCCCCUACAAUUCCAGUUGACCCCCCCAAAAAAGUAAGCUAACUUGAAUGAAAACAACUUUUAGUUAAUUUAUGCUGCUGCACUGUUUUAAAAAUAUCCAUCGUUUGUAUUAUAAACAGUCUCGGCUACACAUCUUGCAGUAGCGAAACAGUCUCGGCUACACAUCUUGCAGUAGCGCUAUUUAUAGGCUAAACCGCCACAAUGUAGCCUACCAUUUGAUAUUAUCGAAACAAUAUGCCUAUAUUAUUUCCUUUGGAUCGUCUUUUAGGAGCGAAAUAAGACCAUUGAUAAUUCAGAUAUACCCUUCUUAUAUUCUCCUCUUGUUUGAAUUCAUUUAAUCAAUCGUUUCAAACUGUUGGACAUUUUUAAGGCAAUGGGAGCGUAGGACUAACCAAACAUGUUAUCCGUGUACCCUGCAAAAUGGAAUUUGCGUAAUUAAUUAUUAAACUAUUUCCAAUCUAUUUUGAGUGUCCGUAUAGCCUCAAACCAAAUAAGCUAUAUGAUGGCUGUGCUUGUAUAGUACCCCUAUAGCCUCAAAGCCUGUAAGCCUAUAGCACAGGGACAGACACUGUAGAAUCCCUUCAAAAUGAAUAGGCAUUUUCGUUCAAAGCGUUCCAAGAAAGUCGACAAAAAUAGAUGCUUAUUGAACCCAUGUAUUUAUAGAGCAUUGACAUUUGAUUCAAGCUCAAGAACUUGAAUGUGUAUUUCAGAUAAAGAUUGGCAGAGACAGUCAAGACAUUGCAAUGCGGCAGUGCAGACCUGACCCAGACCAAUUGGAAUGCAGUAGGCCUGAUAUAGUCUGUCUUGAACAUGGAAGUAGACCUUCAGUAGGCCUAUGCUCACUUUUUCCAUGUUUUUAUAUCUACAGAUGAUUUUACAUUGGAAAAUGCUCCAGGAAACUGGUUAAAAGCCAAAAGUGGACGGAAGAAGAGAUGUCCGUACACAAAGCAUCAGACACUCGAGCUGGAAAAGGAGUUCUUGUUUAACAUGUAUCUGUCUCGCGAGCGCCGCCUGGAGAUCAGUAAGAGUAUCGAUCUGACCGAUAGACAGGUCAAGAUCUGGUUCCAGAACCGAAGGAUGAAGCUCAAGAAACUCAAUAGUGAAAGUCGUGGUCGGGAUCAUCUUAUGGCGGCCUACAACUUCACCUGA